CCUCGUCAGUCAACCUUCAGGAGACUGAGGGAAAGCUGGAGGGGCCGGUCUCGUCGCCUGUACCCCACCAUGAUGAACCCCAGCCCAUGGCGUAAAUCGAUCGCAGCAUGACAGGGCCAACUACUACUUAACUGGCCCUCGUUCACCUGCCACCCACGUUGCCCCUCAUUUUCACUUAUUCUUUUCCCCUCAUACACAAAACAGCUCAAUUGUUCUGGUCAACAAUUGACUUGCCAAACGCAUCUUAUUAUUUGUCCCCCAACCCUUCCCCAACAACCGUCGCAACCUACUGAGCUAUAAUCUAAGCUCUUCCCACUCCUUUCCAUCUCGUCACUUCCGUUUCCAUAUACACAAAUUGCCCAAGAUGUCGGCAGACCAGCUCCCCGCCUUGAAGUCCAACCCAAAGUUCAUUUUCUUCACGGACUUUGACGGUACUAUUACUAUGAAGGACAGCAAUGACUACUUAACCGACAACCUUGGUUUUGGACCUGAGCUCCGCCGAAAAGGCAACAUUGAGGUGCUGGAGAACAGGGAGACCUUCAGAGAUGCAUUCAAGGAGAUGCUUGACAGCAUCAAGCACCCUUUCAACGAAUGCGUGCAGACAUUAGUCGACAACAUCAAGUUGGACCCCCACUUUAACGACUUCUACAAGUGGGCUCUUGAGCACAACGUCCCCGUUGUAGUCCUCUCCUCCGGCAUGGUCCCAAUCAUCCGCGCUCUCCUUGAGCACUUGGUCGGCCCCGAUGCCGCCAAGAUCCAGAUCAUCAGCAACGACGUGAAGCCUCGGAAGAUUGACGGAAAGAUCCCCGAAGAUUGGGAAAACAAGGAGGCUGCUUGGGAGAUUGAAUAUCACGACGACAGCUCCUUCGGCCACGACAAGUCCCUUGCCAUCCGGCCGUAUGCCAAUCUGCCCGCGGACAAGCGGCCCACUCUUUUCUACGCUGGUGACGGUGUCUCGGACCUGUCGGCAGCUCGUGAGACGGACCUUUUGUUUGCCAAGAAGGGCCAUGACUUGGUGACAUACUGUGAGCGUGAGGGCGUGCCCUUCACUCUCUUUGAGGACUGGAACACCAUUCUCGAGAACGUCCAGGCGAUCUACUCUGGUAAGACGGACGUGAAGAGCGUGGCCGCUGCUGGUGUUGAGGCUGUGAGACACGGUGGCAACAAGGUAUAAAGGUCAGAAGUAGUUUGUUUCGUUUUGGACAAUGUUCCCCUUUUUUUCGAUGUUCAAAUUGGAAGAUAUCCUGGGAUAUACGAGUGGGAGACGAAGCUAUGAGCCGUAACUGAGGAAACUCUAUACAUACGAAUUUUUGCAUAUCUUGUGACUAUAAAUAUUAUGAAUCAUACGUCGAAUUUUGGCGAAUUCAGACACACGAAUAAAGUGAUUAUUUAACC